AUGAGACGAUAUCCAACAAAUAGCGAUAUUGCUAUUGGAGUGAGAUUAUCGGAGGCCCCAUUCUUCUUCUCCUCAUCCCCAAUCCAAAAUCUCGAACAAACCGCAAAAUUCCGAUGCUGCCAGCAGUACUUAGACUGCACGUUGGAUGCCAGCAAGGUCGGCAAACGAGCAGACGGAUUACCUGAUGGUAAGCAAUCAGCGCCGCCCAUGGACACUCGCAACGGAGGAGUUACGAAUUGGCGCGCACCGAUGGCAGACGAAUCAGAAGCGGCGAGGGCACGGCGCGCGCCUGCGCCCCCGCCGCGGCAAACCACGCGCCCACCGGAGCCGCGCCCGCGUAUGCAAUCGGACCCGCGCAUACAACCCGACCCGCGCAUGCAUCCCGACCCGCGUUUACAUCCCGAUCCGCGCUUACAACACGACCCGCGUGUUCAACCUGACCUGCGACAGCAAACCGACCCGCGAAUACAACCGGACCCGUUGCGGCUGCCGGCGCCCCCACGGUUAAUAAGGCCGUCAGAGCAUCUUGCCAUAGUUGAACGGGCGAUGGAGCGCCGGCCGCCGCCUCUGGUGCCGGCUGUGACAGUGUUGCAAGGUCCACGGCCUCCGGUCCCGCCACCGCAGCCCCAUCCACCGGUGUAUAGGCAUGUGGCACCACCACCGUUGAGGAUGCCAGCUCCUGCCCAGCCAGUCAUGAGACCACCACCUAGGAGAGAUGUUCAGAUCGAAGGCCUCUCCUCGGUCAGCGAAGUAUUAAGUAGUGGUGACAACCCUUAUUCAACAGCCGGGGUUGCGGGGUAA